AUGAGUUUAGUGAAGGAGCUUAUUGAAGCCGGAGCUGAUAUCAAUCUACAAGGUGGGUUUCAUACACCACUGACAGCAGCAUGUAGGGGUGGACAUAAGAGUAUAAUGAAGGAGCUUAUAGAAGCCGGAGCUGAUAUCAAUCAACAAGCAGCAUGUGGAGGUGGACAUAUGAGUAUAGUGAAGGAGAUUAUUGAAGCCGGAGCUGAUAUCAAUCAACAAGAUGCGUUUCAUACACCACUGACAGCAGCAUGUGAAGAUGGACAUAUGAGUUUAGUAAAGGAGCUUAUAGAAGCCGGAGCUGAUAUCAAUCAACAAGGUGGGUUUCAUACACCACUAACAGCAGCAUGUGAAGGUGGACAUAUGAGUUUAGUGAAGGAGCUUAUAGAAGCCGGAGCUGAUAUCAAUCAACAAGGUAAGUUUCAUUCACCACUUACAGCAGCAUUUGAAGGUGAACAUAUGAGUGUAGUAAAGGAGCUUAUAGGAGCCGGAGCUGAUAUUAAUCUACAAUGUGAUUUUCAUACUCCACUAACAGUAGCAUGUAGAGGUGGACAUUUGAGUGUAGUGAAGGAGCUUAUAGAAGCCGGAGCUGAUAUCAAUCUACAAGGUAACUAUGAUACACCACUGACAGCAGCAUCAGCAUGUAAGGAUGGACACAUGAAUAUAUUGAAGGAGUUUAUAAAAGCCGGAGCUGAUAUCAAUCUACAAGGUGGGUUUCAUACACCACUAACAGCAGCAUGUGAAGGUGGACAUAAGUGUGUAGUGAAGGAGCUUAUUGAAGCCGGAGCUGAUAUCAAUCAACAAGGUACGUUUCAUACACCACUGACAGCAGCAUAUGAGGGUGGAAACAGGAGUGUAGUGAAAGAGCUAAUAGACGCUGGAGCUGAUAUCAAUCUACAAAGUCGGUUUCAUACACCACUAACAGCAGCAUGUAAGGGUGGACAUAAGAGUUUAGUGAAGGAGUUUAUAAAAGCUGGAGUUGAUAUCAAUCAACAAGCAGCAUAUAAGGUAGGACACAGAAGUGUAGUGAAAGAGCUAAUAGACGCCGGAGCCGAUAUUAAUCCACAAGGUGGGUUUGAUACACCACUGGAAGCAGGACGUGGGAGGGGAUAUACGAGUGUUGUGAAAGAGCUACUAGAAGCCUGA